UCCACUGUCUCCAGGCCAGGCCAGCGCAGUCUCAUCAAGAUCAAGUAACCUUGUGUUGAAUUUUUGAGAAUGAUAGCUUGAAAUUACAUCGAUUCUUAGAUAGGUUUACGAUGUCAGCACCAAAGAAACCAGAUCCUCCCGUGGUGGGUAAAGUAACUCAUCACAGUAUUGAAUUAUACUGGGAUGCAGCGGCCAAGCAGGACACGGUCUCUAAAGGAGAUGGAAGACUCCGCUACAUCAUCCAAGAAUCAGACCAGACACAGGGAUGGGGAAAUGUUUACACUGGAUAUGGAACGAAUCACGUAUUUGAUGGCUUAGAUCCCUCUUCACAAUACAGAUAUCGCUUGAAAGUGAUGAAUAAUAAUGGAAACAGUGAAUUCAGUCCAGCUGUUACUGUUACAACUACAAAGGAACCACAAACCGGUGAGCAACUCCACAAGGCAAUCAUUCUUACGCAAGAUCUACAGAAGGCCAGGGAGAUCUUAGAGUCAGGUGACGUGUGGAUCGAUGUCCCAGACAAGUUUGGUUAUACCCCCCUCAUGGCUGCAUCUCAGAAAGGAGUAGUAGAAAUGGUGGACUUAUUAAUAGAGCAUGGAGCAGACAUCAACAUGCAAAAUGGUAGUGGAAAGGACGCCCUCAUGCUGUCGUGCUUUGCCGGUCAUCUAGACGUCGUCCGACGGCUACUCGCUCAUGGUGCAUCAUGGGAAAAGAAAGAUCUAGGAGGAUCUACAGCUCUCCAUUGGGCGGUGGAUGGAGGUCAUAAAGAGAUUGUGCAAUGGGCUAUUAUGGAUGGUAGUAAGAUUGAUGAGAAAGAUUCUAGCUCAGAGUGGACUCCGUUGAUGCGGUGUGCUGCUAUGGGGGGCAAUCAUGAGAUUGGAGAAAUACUAUUGCUUGCCGGAGCUAACGUCAAUAUGAAAGACAAGGAUCACAAAACACCACUAAUGAUUGCUGCCCUAAAUGGUCAUCAGAAGUUGGUAAAAGUGAUGGUUGAGCAGGGAGCCGACCCGUUGGUGAAGACUGAACAUGGCAUGUCAGCGUAUGAGAUGGCUAAAUCAUUUGAUAGAAAGAGAGUGAUGAAAUAUUUUGAGGAAGUUCUACAGAACACCAAAUCAAAGAAAAGUCAAGAAUACUGACCCUACCAGGAACAUUAUAUACACCCAGACUUUAUAGCAUCUUUGGUUAAAUUCAUAACUUUUUUUUUCUUCUGAUAUGAGCCAUGAUCAUACAAGUUCAUGAUUAUCCUAUGGCUUUAUUUUUUGGUAAGGUCUAAUUUGAUCCCCUGUGUGCUAUUCCCUAUUCCUAUAAAAAGAAAAAUGUACUUUGCAGAGUCUACACACUUCAUGUAUGUAAAAGCAGAGUAGAUUGAGGCAGUUACAGAGAUAAAAAAGAAAUAUAUAUUAUAUUAUCAGGUUGAAUUGAAGGGGUUAGCGAUAAUAGUUAAGGAAUAUAUUAUUUCAUUGUUGUUGUUUUUUGGGGGGGAGGGGUGG